AUGGCGACCACAGUCGACAAGAUUAAGGACAUUGAGGCCGAAAUGGCCAAGACUCAGAAAAACAAGGCUACAAGUUUCCAUCUGGGUCAACUGAAAGCCAAGUUGGCCAAACUACGGAAGGAACUACUAACACCGUCGUCGAGUGGAGGAGGCGGUGGUGCUGGAUUUGAUGUGGCACGUACCGGUGCCGCUUCGGUUGGGUUCAUUGGAUUCCCUUCUGUCGGCAAAAGUACUCUGCUUACGAAAUUGACUGGAGUCCACAGUGAAGCUGCCAGCUACGAGUUCACGACACUGACAACGAUCCCAGGUCAGAUCACAUAUCGUGGCGCUGCGAUACAAAUGCUCGAUCUUCCUGGUAUUAUCCAGGGAGCCAAAGAUGGCAAGGGUCGUGGUCGCCAAGUCAUUGCAGUUGCUAAAAGUUGUCAACUUAUUUUUAUCGUGCUUGACGUCAAUAAGCCCCUCACUGACAAACGAGUGAUAGAGAACGAGCUCGAAGGCUUUGGUAUUCGCAUAAACAAAUCACCUCCAAAUAUCAAAAUCACAAAGAAGGACAAAGGAGGCCUCAAUAUCACUAGUACUGUUCCUCUAACACACAUCGACCACGAUGAGAUCAAAGCUGUUAUGGCAGAGUAUCGAAUUCUCUCAGCGGACAUUGCCAUACGAUGCGAUGCCACUGUAGACGAUUUGAUUGACAUUAUCGAAGCGAAAAGUCGAAGCUAUAUCCCCGUCAUCUAUGCAUUAAACAAGAUUGACUCAAUUUCAAUAGAGGAACUUGAUCUGCUAUACAGAAUACCAAAUGCCUGUCCUAUUAGCUCGGAGCACGGCUGGAACAUCGAUGAGCUUCUGGAGAUGAUGUGGGAUAAACUACAGCUGAAGCGAGUCUACACAAAACCAAAAGGAAGAUUGCCCGAUUACGAGGCACCAGUGGUUUUGAAGGAUGGUCGCAAUACAGUCGAAGAUUUUUGCAACAGUAUACACAAGAGUAUCCUUGAACAGUUUAAGCACGCCAUUGUUUGGGGCAGAUCCGUCAAACACCAGGGACAACUUUGUGGUCUCAACCAUGUGCUCGAAGACGAAGAUAUCAUUACCAUUGUCAAAAAGUGA